AUGGAGCAUCUGACAACUCACCGUGAGAUAAUGCUGCGUCGUGACUGUACUAAAAUACUUAAUGGAUGUCAUAUGGUGCAUCCAUUUGAAACUCUGCAGUGUGGUCUGAAAGAAUUUCUAUGCAUGCGAAGCCACUUUGUUCAGGCGAUUGUCACAAAUGAGAACGUAGAAAUAACAGUCGACAAGCACAUCAGAGCAGAUGUGUGGGUCGACCGGAUAUUCUAG